CUGGGAAUAGUACUCAAAGAUCCCAAUGCUAUCACAAUUAGACUGUACUACCUGCAAGUGGUAAGAACUUGUCCAGUUAGACAGUGCAGAAGAAAUUAAAGCAAUAGAAAAUUAAGACCAAGACAUGUAUGCAUGUGAACUACGUGGCAUUAAGUCUGUCACAUUACCUGACAAUGACUUUUCUUCCCCUACAGGGUGAUCAUGUGUGGCUGGAGACUCAGACAAACAGUGAAUUUAAUGUCCCUAUUGGGGCAGUUGUGAAAGACUCUGACUCAGGACGGAUCUUGUUGGAGGAUGAUGAAGGCAAGGAGCACUGGAUCAUGGCCCAGAACAUGCACAUGGUGCGCCCAAUGCACCCAUCCUCUGUCCAAGGGGUGGAAGACAUGAUCCGCCUUGGGGAUCUUCAUGAAGCCGGCAUGGUGCACAACCUCCUCAUCCGCCACCAGCAGCACAAAAUCUAUACUUACACAGGAUCUAUCUUGGUAGCAGUGAAUCCAUACCAGCUGCUGCCUCUCUACACAGUUGAUUAUAUCAGGCUGUACUGCAACAAGAGGAUCGGAGAGCUGCCACCUCAUGUCUUCGCCAUUGCUGACAAUUGUUACUUCAAUAUGAAGAGGAAUAAGAGAGACCAGUGCUGUGUGAUCAGUGGAGAAUCUGGAGCUGGGAAAACUGAAAGCACAAAGCUAAUACUACAGUUUUUGGCAGCUGUCAGUGGCCAGCAUUCCUGGAUAGAGCAGCAAAUCCUAGAGGCCAACCCUAUUCUGGAAGCUUUUGGAAAUGCCAAGACAGUUCGAAAUGAUAAUUCAAGUCGCUUUGGGAAAUACAUUGAUAUCUACUUCAACCACAGUGGUGUGAUAGAAGGAGCCCAGAUAGAACAGUUUCUUCUGGAAAAGUCACGCGUUUGCCGGCAGGCUCCAGAGGAGAGGAACUAUCACAUCUUCUAUUGCAUGCUAAUGGGGAUGAAUCUGGAGCAGAAAAAGAUGCUGAAUCUGGGAACUGCUUCAGAGUACACUUAUCUCACUACGGGCAACUGCACAUCUUGUGAUGGCCGGAAUGAUGCAAAGGAGUAUGCCCACAUCCGCUCGGCUAUGAAGAUCCUCAUGUUCUCAGACUCUGAGCACUGGGACAUCAGCAAACUGCUGGCUGCUAUUCUGCACCUGGGGAAUGUAGAGUUUGAAGCGGCUGUGUACGACAACUUGGACUGCUCUGAUGUGAUGGAUUCACCACACUUUUCGACUGCAACCAAAUUGCUUGAGGUGGACUCCAGUGAACUUCAGAACAGUCUCACAAACCUCUCAAUCAUUGUCCGAGGAGAAAGUGUGUCCAGGCCUCUGAGCGUAGCUCAAGCUGCAGAUGGGAGGGAUGCAUUUGUGAAGGGUAUAUAUGGACGGAUUUUCCUGUGGAUAGUGAAUAAGAUCAACUCAGCCAUUUCCAACCCAACUUCUGAGAAGCCUAAAAAUACACAUCAGUCCAUUGGGUUGUUGGACAUUUUUGGGUUUGAAAACUUUAGCAACAACAGCUUUGAGCAGCUCUGCAUUAACAUUGCCAAUGAGCACCUUCAGCAGUUCUUCGUGCACCAUGUCUUCAAGCUGGAACAAGAGGAAUACCUUGCAGAGCACAUUGCCUGGAACAACAUCGAAUUCCCUGACAACCACCAGGCUCUGGAAGUCAUUGCACUCAAACCCAUGAACAUCAUCUCCCUCAUUGAUGAAGAGAGCAAGUUCCCAAAGGGCACAGAUGCUACCAUGCUCAUCAAAAUCAAUUCCCUCCAUGGCAAAAGUAAAGUCUAUAUCCCACCUAAGAGUGACCAUGACACCAAGUUUGGCAUUAACCACUUUGCCGGGGCUGUCUUUUAUGAAUCAAAAGGUUUCCUAGAGAAAAACCGGGACACACUGAGUGCUAACAUAAUGCAAAUGGUUCAUUCCUCCAAAAACAAAUUCCUGAGGCAGAUUUUCCAGGUGGAAACAACCCCACCUAGUCUGGGACGUGGGACCAUCCGGCGUCUUGGAAGUGACCAGGCCUACAAGGGCUUGGAUACCACCAAACGGCUCUCUACUCUGGGAGGACAGUUCAAGCAAUCCCUAGAAAAACUCAUGAAAAUCCUUGGUCAGUGCCAGCCAUACUUCAUCCGCUGCAUCAAACCGAACGACUACAAGAAACCCCUGUUAUUUGACCGGGAGCUGUGUAUCAAACAGCUGCGAUAUUCAGGGAUGAUGGAGACCAUUCAGAUCAGGAAAGCUGGCUACCCAAUUCGCUACACCUUUGAGGAGUUCUUUGACAGAUACAGAGUUCUCCUGCCGUGGUCUGUUCAAAAACUGCUGAAGAAUGAUGCUCGACAGUCCUGUAUCAGCAUCUCUGAAGCAGUGCUGGGCAAGGAUGAGAGCUGGCAAGCUGGAGAGACCAAGAUUUUCCUUAAAGAUCACCAUGACACAGUAUUGGAGUUGCAACGACAAAAGAUACUCACAGAUAAGGUUCUUCUUAUCCAGAAGGUGAUGAGAGGAUUCAAGGACAGGAAGCAGUUUUUGAAACAGAGGAAGUCUGCUGUAGCCAUUCAGGCAGCCUGGCGAGGCUACUGCUGCCGGAAGAAUUUCAGAAUGAUUAUGCUGGGUUUUGGGCGCCUGCAGGCCCUCUACCGGAGCCGUCAACUUGCCAAACAGUAUGAAACAGCCCGGGCUCGUGUCAUCAGGUUUCAAGCUGCAUGCCGUGGUUAUCUAAUACGUCAAAAAAUAGUAACGUGGAAGAAAGUGGUAUGUCUUAUACAGGCACAAUGCAAGGGGCAUGUUUGCUUGCCAAAUUUUGCAAAGGAUGAAGAGGGAGCACCUUUACACGAGGAGGAAGAAGGACAAAGGAGGAAAGAUGCGUUUGCCAACAGACCAACAAAUGAUGAUGUUAUCAGUGACCAAGAGAUGGUUGACAAAAUUUUUGGGUUUUUACCUUCUGUGAUCGGAGGCCGAGAAGGACAGGCUCCCCUGGGCUUUGAGGACUUGGAAACAAAGCCCCACAAGCUGGAAGAGGUGGACCUGGACACGAUUCCCAUGAGUGUGGAGCUAGAAGAGGAAACAGAUGGCUUGGAAGAGUACACCUUCCCAAAGUUUGCAGCUACUUAUUUUCAGGGGUCGUCUACACAUAUGCACAUCCGGAGACCACUGCGGCACCCGCUACUUUACCAUGAUGAUAAAGACAACGUCCUGGCUUCUCUGGUUGUUUGGGUAAUCAUCCUGAGAUUCAUGGGGGACCUACCAGAGCCAGCAAUGUUUGCCAGGAAUGUCACCAAGAACAGUUCCGUGAUGACACAGAUAUAUGACACACUUGGCAGGAAAAACCAGGUCCAGUUCAAGAACGACAGCCCAGGCAUGAGAGAAAGCAGAAAGGAUAACAAGAUUUCCAAGGGUAUCUCUUCCCUGAAGCUGAAACGGUCCUCCAAGUUGACAGGGAAGGUGACAGACCAGCUGAGAAGUGGAGAAGAGGGUUUCCAGGAGGACACCUCGAUCUCUGAGAGACCUAUGUCUAACUUAGAAAAAGUGCACUUCAUCAUUGGCAAUGCAAUUCUGCGCCCUGCCAUCAGAGAUGAGAUUUAUUGCCAGAUUUGCAAACAACUCACUGAAAACAGCAACAGGAACAGCUAUGCUCGAGGCUGGAUACUUCUGUCACUUUGCCUUGGUUGCUUUCCUCCUUCAGACACAUUUUUGAAGUACCUGCUGAAUUUCAUCCACAAGGGGCCCUCAGGCUAUGCACCAUAUUGUGCUGAACGUCUGAGGCGUACCUGUGUCAAUGGAGCAAGGACUGAACCUCCAAGCUGGCUGGAACUUCAGGCAACGAAGCAGAAGAAACCCAUUAUGUUUAAUGUCACCCUGAUGAAUGGCCAAAGCAUCACUGUCCCUGCAGACUCUGCUUCCAUUGCAAAAGAGAUCUGCCAGUUCAUAGCAGAUAAAACCAAACUGAAGGAUGUGUUUGGUUUUUCACUCUACAUUGCUGUGUUUGAUAAGGUCUGGUCACUGGGUGGGGGACGAGAUCAUGUCCUAGAUGCCAUCUCUCAGUGUGAGCAGCUAGCAAAGGAGCAGGGCACACAUGAACGCAAUGCACCCUGGAGGCUUUACUUUCGGAAGGAAAUCUUCACCCCCUGGCACAACUCCCAGGAGGAUCCCAUCAGCACAGAUCUCAUUUACCAUCAAGUCAUUCGUGGCAUCCGGUUUGGAGAGUACCGUUGUGAGAAGGAGGAGGAUUUGGUGGAGAUAGGUGCAAAAUAUUGUUACAUCCAGUUUGGAGAUUCCAUCCACAAUGAACUUGUGCAGAAAGUGCUCCAUGACUGCAUCCCAGUGAAACAGCUGAAGUCCAAGCCCCUGGAAAAGUGGGUGAGCCUUAUAACCUACGCACAUGCUAAGGCCCCAUACACACAGGAUCAUCUUUCCUGUCAGACUGUGAAAGAACAACUUGUAGAUUUUGCUCGCUUUCAGUGGCCUUUGCUUUUUUCCAGAUUCUUUGAAGUCACUAAGUUUUCAGGUCCCAGCUUGCCCAAGAACCACUUUAUACUUGCUGUAAAUUGGAAAGGUAUCUGCUUCUUGGAUGAGUCAGAAAAGCAGAUCCUUGAUCUGACCUUCCCAGAGAUAACUGGCAUCCACACCAAUCGGGCAGUGAAAUCAUUUGGACAGAGUUGCACUCUCAUCACACUUCGUGCCGAGGAGUUUGUCCUGACAUCUGUAAACAGCAUUGUCAUUGCUGAACUGGUGGUCAUGUUCCUGGAAGGACUAAAGAAGAGAUCACGAUUCGCUGUGGCAAUGAAUGAGAAAAAAUCCCAAGAAGAUCCUGCCAUCCUGUCCUUCAAGAAGGGAGACUUGCUAAUCUUGACCGAGGAUAAAAGACUAGAUGAAAGCUCUGGUUGGAUUUAUGCCCAGAAUGAAAGGACAGGCAAAACAGGGAAUGUAUUUUUGGAAGAGAUCUACAUUGUUCCUUCUCUCACAAAACCCUCUAGUCAAGUGCUGAGUUUGCUGAUGAUGUCUCCAGACCAGAGGAGGACAGCUUCACAGAACUCCUACAUGGAUGAGCCUGAUGAAGAGGAUCUCGAAGUGAAGCCUUACACCCUGGAGGAAUUCUCCUAUGAACACUUCAGGACUCCUGAGAAGGAAUCCAUUAGCAAAGCUGUUCUCCAGAAAUCUCGUGGACGCAAUCAGCUGUGGGCACACUCUAAGGAGCCCUUAAAACAGCCCUUGCUGAAGAAAGCAUGCACAGACCCUGAUCUUCGGGACCUGGCUUGUCAGGCCUUCAUUGCCAUCAUGAAAUUCAUGGGGGACUACCCAUCAAAACAGGCACACUCUUCUGUGGAAGUCACUGACCAGAUAUUUGUGGCAGCUAUUCAGGAAGAGGUCCUGCGGGAUGAAAUUUACUGUCAGAUCAUGAAGCAGCUAACUGAGAACAGAAACAGGUACAGUGUGACCAAGGGCUGGCAGCUUCUUUGGCUCUGCACCGGCCUGUUCCCACCCAGCAAGUCACUGCUGAAACACACCCAGAAGUUUGUGGAGACGCGUAAGAAAGAGCCACUGGCCACGGAGUGCAGUCGGAGGAUUCAGACAGUGAUGAGGAAUGGCUCCAGGAAGUGGGCACCUCAUCCUGUGGAGGUUGAGGCCAUCUUACAGAAUAACACCAAGAUCUCACACAAGAUUUGCUUCCCCAAUGAAACAGAAGAGACAUUUGAUGUGGGAACAAAUACCAAAAUCCGGACUCUGUGUCAGAACAUCGCUUCCAAAUUACAGCUGAGCUCCUGGGAAGGCUUCAGCCUCUUUGUCAAGAUUGCGGACAAGGUGAUCAGUCAGAAUGAAGCAGACUAUUUCUUUGACUCGCUAAGGCAGGUGACAGAUUGGAACAGGAGGAAUAAACCAGUGAAAGAUGGGGCUGCUAUGUCUGUGGCUUAUGAAGUGUACUUCAUGAGAAAGCUGUGGUUGAACGUAACUCCUGGGAAGGACCUGAAAGCUGAUUCAAUUUUUCAUUACCACCAGGAGUUGCCAAAGUACCUCAGAGGCUACCACAAAUGUUCCAAGGACGAAGCUGUCCAGCUGGCAGGGUUGAUUUAUAAAGUGCGCUUUAACAAUGACCGCACACAGUUGGCAAUCAUCCCCAAAAUCCUGAAGGAGCUGGUGCCAGACAAUCUGCUCCGAGCAAUCUCAGCAGAUGAGUGGAAGAAGAGCAUUAUUGCAGCAUAUAGCAAACAUGAAGAAAAAACUGUGGACGAGGCCAAGAUUGCCUUCUUGAAAAUAAUAUACCGGUGGCCAACAUUUGGAUCAGCCUUCUUUGAGGUGAAGCAAACCUCCGAGCCAAAUUUCCCAGAUAUUGUGCUGAUUGCAAUCAACAAGCAAGGAGUCUCAUUGAUACAUCAGAAGACAAAGGAAAUUUUAACAGUUUAUCCCUUUAACAAAAUCUCCAAUUGGAGCAGUGGGAGCACGUACUUUCACAUGACAAUAGGGAACCUGGUACGAGGAAACCGGAUCUUAUGUGAGACAUCUCUGGGUUACAAAAUGGAUGACCUAUUAACAUCCUAUGUACGUGUGCUAAUGAAUGCUGUAAACAAGCAAAAGAGCCUCCCAGCCUGAAAGCAAAAACAGAAUCCAUGACCUACAUCAGUGCCAAACUACCUGUAAUUUCAUCUCCCAGAAGAAAAAUUAUUUAAAAAAUAUUAAUCUUGCUGAUCAGUUUUCUGAUCACACACUGAAUUUGAACUGUGCUGCUGAAAUAUUACCACAAGAGAAGCUCCACAGAGCACGUGCUUUCAAAUAUCUUCAGCACUUCUCUUUCUUAGGUGUAGUAUUAGAAUUCCAUUCAGUCUUUGGAUUCAGAGAACAUUUAGCUCUAUUUUAAUCUAAUACUCCAGAUCUCCUCCAUUUUCAAAGAGAGAGACACAUUAACAGAUUUUUUUUUCCUUUUGGACAGAAAAGCCCCCUUAGUUUCUUACACUCUUACCAAAUGCAUAAUUUGCAAAUAAAGGUAACAUCUUUUCCUUCGUACUGGAAAUUCUAAAAGUGGAUAAAUGCCCUUUAGUAGAAGGAUAAUAGGACAGCCUGAAAGGCAAGAUAAUGUUUUUCAUCCUUUUACCACUAGAUUAUGUACUGAAGUUACAGUAGACUAUGACAACCAUUUACUGUCACAAUAUAAAUGUCACUCCUGUGCGAUGCUAAAUUAGUGGGCUGUCCACUAGUUUAUCACUGCCUUGGUUAAAUUAAAUAGUUUUCUUUCUCCAACAAUUCAUAAAACACUCAGAAACUAAUAAUUGCUUUCUACUCUGCAAUUUCUCUUAAACAUAAACAAACUCUGAAAUGGAUCUGGAUUUUCGGCCCAUUACUUCUACUCAGUUGCUCCUAUUUCAAGUUAUAGAUAUGCUUAUUCAGUGCAAAUUGGAACUGAAGAACUCAGUCUAACAGACAUCUGUUGAAAAGAGACAUAUUUCUGCUAUAUAGAAAUGUUCUCAGCUUGGAGUUAUGCAGACACUCAUUCACAAGACAAGAAUGGUAGAAAAGAUCGAGCAAAAUUAAAGCUGUUUCCUGCUUCAGGCACUGAGUGGUAAUUUGAUUCAGCGCUUUUUCACAGACCUUAGUAAAAACACAGCGUUGGACCGUCAGGAACCAGAGCACGUAAAGCAUAUGUACCGCAGUGACAGUAAGCCUAGAUGCUUACCCCACCAGAGAACAAGCAGCCAUUCCUCAGUGACAAGCCCUCCUUUGCAUGUGGUGAAACAUGGACAUGUCUUAAACCAUUUACACCAAGUUCCUUGAGACACGAUCUGGCAGCGCUGGAAAAGCAGCUCUGCUAGAUCUCUCACUAAUUUGCCAAUGUAUGCACAAUGGUUCCCUUGUUUCCCUUGUUUUGGAGUUUUGUACAUGCAUGGCAGGGAAGAGCCCCAUCCUCUUUGUGCAUAUAAAUGAGUGCCACACUUGUCAGAAUAGUUGAUCAUUUUGCAAGCAAUUAGAUAUUCCUGCUGUAAUGUCCAUUGCUGGCAAUGGAAACUUUUUAAGACUAAUGACUUUUGAGUUGUUUUGUCAUCUUAUGUCUGAUCUAACUGACUGUAAGUGAGAAGCAUUCAAUACUUCACCUGUACAAAAAGAAAUUUUGCAUCCAAAAUGUACUGUUUCUGGUUUUUAAAUAAACUGCAGAAAAUCAACCACAAUGUCUUUUUCAACAUGAAAAGUGAGUAUUCAAUCCAGAUCGAUGCAACUUAAAACUGUCCACUACAGUCUGUAAAUGAUCAUAGCAUCUCAUCUACUUUUCAUAUAUGCAAUACAAAUUGUAUGGCAUAACCUGUAAGAGAAUGAUAUCCCUUUUCUGCACAUCUUCAUCAAUUAACACAUCACCAUUGAAGCAACACAUCCAAAAAAUUCAACACAACACAACAUUGAAUCAGAUCUGGGCAAUCCUCAGAGCUCCUCAUGACGUGUAAUGCUCCAUUGGUCAGCACUGCAAUUGUAAAUGUACUAUAUACAACUUGGUUUUCUUUCUUUUUUGUGCAAAGAUUUAAAAUGUAUUACAAUUAACUUUAUUACAGGAACACAAACAGGUAUAGUAUUACAGUAUUUCAAUCCACAGUCACAUGUUAGGUUAGACAGCAUAAGCAAUGUGUGAUAAAACGAGAGCUCCACACUGUGCAGAAUCUACACUUAUCAUAAAGGCCUGAACCAUGACUAAUAGCUGCUAAUUCUUUUACUCAGUCUGUGCCAUCCUUAGCACUUAAUGGUGCUUUACAGACUAGUGCAACUGCAUUUAUUACAUUUGUCUGCAACCUAUUCCUUCACCAUCUAACCACUGAUUUAAAAGCGUCAGUCACAUCAUCUAAUACAAAACACAACAUCUAGAAGCUUUCUGUACAGAAGGCUGGACAUUUGCAUACAUUGCACAGACUGUUGUGAAAAUAAAGGCUGGGAUGGAAACCCUAGAUAGCAGAUUAGUUUGCCAUAAAGAAAGAUAGCAAGUGAUUAACAUACCCUUUUAAUACAAAUAAGCUUCACAUGCUGUGAUUUUUAAAAGCAUAACCAUUUUCAAGUGUAGUCAGUGAAUAUUAGUCAUUGUAAUUCAGUAUAAAUAUGAAUGUAAACUAUAAAUGUAUAUAAUGAGACAACAGCUUUUAGUCAGUAUAGACUUCUGAGCCAAAUUCAGCCUUGAUAUAAAUCUAUGCUCUCCAGUGGUAUGACACCUAGGAUGAAUUUGGUCAGAAUGUCUAUUUACAGCAAUGAAAAAAGCAUGCAGCUUAUUUCUGACCAAGACCUUGACUUUAUUUAAAAAAAAAAACAUCAGCCUGUCAACACACUAAGUAGAAUUUUUAAGUCUGCAUUAUCUUCUACUUAUUUUCUAAAAAAGUAGACUCAAAAAGGUAAAGGGAAGAUGCACUUCUUCAAAGUAUUUAUAAUUAUUUCUCUUACUCCCUCAAUUCCACUGUCUCACGAAAGGUACAGGAGUAACGUUAAUUAUUCUAUCUCUGCACAUGGCAGGAUAAGAAAGGUAAUUGUGAAAAAGUAAUAAUUUAAGAGAUGCUAACAUAUCGUCACAAUAUGCUACUUAUAGAGAUCAAUGACUAUGAUUUUUUCCCUCCACUAAUUUUGAGAAAUGCUCUGAAGAUAAGGGCAAAAUCCAGAUUGUAAAGAACUGAACAGCUUAUGAAUGAAAAUGAUAUCGACUAUCCUUUGAAAGCUGAAGCUUAUUCGGUCUACUGAAUUUCUAACAUGAGACAAAGUGAGAGGACACACUAAAUCUCUACUUGCAGUAGUAAUUCCAUUUGCCUCUACAUGCAUGCAUUUUCCAUUGCUGAACUUGAGUGGCCACUAAAAGAGUAUUUCCUACUGCCAGCUAAACAGCCAUUCUGCAUUUACUAGUAAGCAUGCAGCUUUGUGUUCUUCCACCAUUUUCCCAGGAAGCUGAAGACACACAGCUGCUCAGAUUUGGCAUUAGGUGUGGCCUGUGACUAAGAUUAUAGGAACAGACCUCCAUGCUUUGUGCUGAGAAGAAUCUGUGUAACAUAGUGAAUUGCACCUAGAUCUGAAGUUUUGUGCUUUACUGUGUCAACCAAAUGCCAAAGAAUAGGCUUACAAGACCAGUCUUUUCAGUGGCCACAUACUACUGCACUAAAAGACAUGCUGCUCUUUGUGCCCUUAACUAAAAGACCAUUUAAAGGCUAGUGAGAGAACAGGGACAAGUCGCACGUUCUCCUAAAGCAGUGACAAAAGCAGCUACUAUUAGUGUAAUCUGCAGUGCACAUUGGUCAGAAGACGAUGCAAGAGUUCUACCAUCAGAUUAAAGCCUAUCCCCUCAUAAGUGUUACAGUGGAUGCAGUAUACCCCAGUUAAGAGCUUAUGGUAGAUUAAGACAACAAAAAAGCAAAGCAGCUGAAGGAAAUUGAAUUAGGAAAACCAGUAUCUAAGAGAUGGUGGGAUUCUUACCUGCACACAGUUAACCAGAAUUUCUCACCAUUGCUAUGAUAUAUUGCUGGUGCAGUUUCAUGGGUAGUGGCUACAGCACACUUGUUAACAGCUAUCAGUGCUUUAGCUAUCAUCUUGUGUAGAUCCAUGCUGAGCAGAGUAUGAUGGCAGUGAGAGCAAUUUUAAGGCAGCUUAUUGCCCCAACCCAGUUGCUGCUCAUACACGCCAAAAGUGAGGAAGCUUUAAUUUCUUGCUAACUAAUUCACCUGGGGCUGCAGGGUGCUGCCAAGACCCAACUGCUUUCUUCGUUUGACCUACUAAACAAUACACUUUUUGGCAGAUUUAAGUCACACAUGGGACAGCAGUCCUCCAGUGCCUUCCAUCCUGUUCACCUUGCAAAAAGGGCAGAUAGUCUCCAAAUAUUCAUGGAAAGGGAUUCUCAGGCUGCUCAGCUAAGUUCAGCACAGGAAACCACAGGACACACCUCCAAAGGUCUCAGUAGCUCACAGGUGGACUCAGAACAUCUCUGCUGAUGGCUCACCCUUAAAGAAGUACUGAGAAUGUUCAAAACCAAUACGCUUCUCAGCACUUUGGGUUGUACUAGCAGAGGCAGUAGGACCAGUGAAACUGCACUAGUGACAGGGAAAACUAUCGAGCAGAAAGAAACCUGGAAGCAAAACUGUACUCUUAAGAGGUACAGAUUGAAGUCUGAGGUCCUCUCUUUAAGUACACUCAGGUCUUAAGAAGAAAGUUGAUGGGUAACUCUUACUUGGUUGAAAAAUUUAAGAAAAAUAUUUACUAUUUUUUCUCCACAAAAUUGCAUCUGCUAUCAACUCUAAAUAUUAGAAAUUCCUUCAUGUAACUACGCUUUCUGGAUAGUGACCUAAGAGUAUUAUUCUCACCUUUCAAAUAAGGUGAGAAGGACUGGAUUUGAAACUGAAGCACUUAAAUUAAUACCAUAUUAUAAACUGGAUUUCAUCAUGCAAAAGAAUGACUACAGCUUUAGCCACACUGCCUCAAGAAACAUCAGCUGUGUCAGUGGACAGGACAUGCUUUGUGUUGACCACUGGAAGCUCUAGUAGCCAUGAUGUAGUAGAGAACAGACUGAGAAAAUUAUAGUGUCAGUUUCUAAAAAAAAAUAAUUGUCCUUUUCCAUAGCCACCUCCUCCUCAUGGAGAGCCCAACUAUUUUGAAGAAGCUGACUUGGCCUUGGUAACUGCAAUCUUCUUACUGUUGAAUAGGGAAGCAGCAAAGAAAACUUCUUCAGCUGCCUUAUCAUUGGUCCUGAGUCAGACAAGUAGGCAAUGUAGAUGCCAUCAAGUACAAUAACUAUUGGCUUCUGGGCUUACUCAGUAAACCUGCAAACCAGAAGGACUGUACAGCAUCCAUAUAUGCUCAGGAGGAAUCUGGACAAUGACUACUGCAUCUUGCAUGUAGCAAGGAGUGACAGCUUUCAGAGUAUUUGCCUGGAUAUUUAAAAAAAAAAAAGUCUUCGCCCAGGGUAAGAAGAGAAAUAUUUAUAUUUUAACCAAAAAAAAAGAGCAAACCACACAUUUCUUCCACCCC